AUGCCUGUGAACGUUGUCGCCGACGCAAGAUCAGAUGCGAUGGAGAAACACCAUGCGCUACGUGUAAACGAUUCACAUUGCAAUGUGUGCGAACACAAAAGCCACGAGAGGUGGUGGCCUCGUCAGUGCACACCCGUGUCGCGACAACGCGCCGUCACGUGA